CCCCUCCCGAUGUCAAAGCAUUUUGCAUAGUGACUUCCGCCCCCGGUAGCUUUCUUUCUCCAGCCAGUCUGCAUCAGCCGGGGCAAGCGUAGCUGAUACGACAUGAGGAUCCUGUAUCACCCCGAGCUGCCCCUCUCUCCUAACUUCAUUUAGAAAGUACGCCGAUGUGCCGUCUGACUCAUGUAGGUCGCAGAAGGAUUAGGAGGGAACUGUGGAAGACGUGCUUUUUUUCUUUCAUGAGGCAACUGGAUUUGUUACUAUCAUGUGAAGAGGAGGCGGACCGAGGAGACACUUCUUCAAUAUGCUGAGGCUGUGGUGUGUGUUUGUAUACUGUACGUGGAAGUACAGAGACAGUUCCCAGCCAGCAAACAGGCCUACGUAAGGAUUUAACAGCGCACUUGUUCAAUUUUGAAGCGCGUCAAGGGAUUCUAGUGUCGUUUUUGUGCGCUUUGUUUUGGACAGGGAAUUCCUCUACACCGGGCUGCAUUCUCGCCAAGCCGUUUGCAUUCAUCACACGUAGCUUGUGUUUUCCUCUAUAUAUAUUUAUCGUUUCUUAUUUCUAACACGGUGGAUAAGCGGUAUGGGGGAUUUGUCCGUCAUCUAGCAGCAGGCGCCCCUUUCAAACAGCCAGCAAUGCGAUUAAGAGCUAUUAGUUUUUAUAUCGGGGUCUUCUUUCAAACUAGUUUGCCUUGCCAAUGACCCACGAUGAACUAUUAUUUCGUAGGGAUCUUCCACGCUCCUGUGCGGUUUUGUGCCAAGAUUUAUUUCUAAUCAUCUUAUAAUUGUAACUGCGUUUUGAAGUUGCUGCAUUACUUGUUCGCUAGUAUUUAAUAAUCUUUGCCCAACGAGACAUUUUUGACUUGUUGAGAAGACUGACUAAAUCAUAUUGUUGGUGGGUGCCCAGAGGCUGUGUGUAACCCAUCUCCCCACCUGCACGGAUUGGAUUUUUCUAGAUUUUUGUUAUCUUUUCCAUCAUGAGUUACAUCCACACGGUGGUGAACAUACUGCUACGUGGACUCGUCAUCUAUGCGGUACUGGGCUUGGAGUGCACUUACUCGAAUGAUCUACCCAACCAUUCGUCUGAUGCUGCAAAUGUGGCCAUCACAGAUCCCUGCCUUAUAGUGAUGCCACCAUGUAUGGGUGAAGCAGACCGCUUCAGUCUGGAGGCCCUCCGCCACAUCCACAAACAGCUAGAUGACGACAAUGACGGGGGUAUAGAAGUCAACGAGAGUGUGGAGUUUAUCAUAGAAGACAUGAAGCAACAGCAAACCAACAAGCAUAGUGUCCUGCACCGGGAGGACCAGCACAUCACGGUGGAGGAGCUGUGGAGAGCCUGGAAGACAUCUGAAGUGCAUAACUGGACGAAUCAGGACACAGUGCAGUGGCUGAAGGAGUGUGUGGAGCUGCCUCAGUAUGAGAAGAACUUCAGGGACUUCAGAGUGACUGGGAACACCUUACCUCGAUUAGCAGCAAAUGAACCGUCGUUUUUAUCGAUGCAGUUGAAGAUAUUAGACCAGCGGCAUAAACAAAAGUUAGUUUUAAAAGCGCUGGAUGCAGUGCUUUUUGGUCCCCCUCAACGUCCGCAGCACAACUGGAUGAAAGACUUUAUCCUGAUGUUCUCCAUAGUGAUCGGAGUGGGCGGAUGCUGGUUCGCCUACGUGCAGAACAAGUCCAGUAAAGUGCACAUUUCUCAGAUGAUGAAGGAUCUGGAGAGCCUGCAGCACGCUGAGCAGAGCCUCCUGGAUUUACAGAGUCGGCUGGAGAAGGCCCAGGAGGAGAACCGCACUGUGGCUGUGGAGAAGCAGAAUCUGGAGCAGAAGAUGAGGGACGAGAUCACAGGAGCGAAGAAAGAAGCGCACCGACUGAGAGAGCUGAGAGAGGGCGCCGAGUGCGAGCUCAGCCGACUCAAGUAUGCAGAGGAGGAGCUCGUACAGGUGCGGAAGGCUCUGAAACGCGCGGAGAAGGAGAUGCAGUCAGAGCGCUCGGUCCCAGAGGCGCUGCAGAAGUGGCUCCAGCUCACACACGAGGUGGAGGUGCAGUACUACAACAUCAAGAAGCAGAGCGCAGAGUUCCAGCUCUGUGUGGCCAAAGAUGAGGCAGAGAAAAUUAAAAAGAAAAGAGGUUCAGUGUUUGGGACUCUUCACGUGGCACACAGUUCAUCAUUGGAUGAAGUGGAUCAUAAGAUUCUAGAAGCAAAGAAGGCGCUGUCUGAGGUAACGGCCUGUCUCCGCGAGCGCCUCCAUCGCUGGCAGCAGAUAGAGAAGCUGUGUGGGUUUCCUGUGGUCAAUAACUCGGGUCUGCCUAGUCUGACAGCCAGCCUGUACUCGGAGCACAGCUGGGUGGUCAUGCCCCGCGUGUCUGUGCCACCCUAUCCCAUCGCAGGGGGCGUGGACGACCUAGAUGAAGACACUCCCCCCAUCAUUCAGCAGUUCACAUCUCCCAGUAUGAUGCGUCCUCCUCUGACCCGGAACAGCAGUAUCUGUCGCUCGCGCCGCAGCCUGCUCUCCUCCCAGCAGCCCUCCCUGCUCUCCCCUGAUCCCGACCUUCUCUCCAUGGCCGGCUCCACCCUCUCCUAUCACCCUGAAGCCGAGGACGAGCACAUCAUUUUCAGCACAGAUAGGAGAGGGGAGUCACUUCCAGAGGGCAGCUCGGACACAGACUCCCUCAGCUCUAUGGGCCGUAAGCCCUACCAGUGCCCUUGCUCCAUGGGCUCGGAGACCCCGUACAGGAAGAUCUCUCGUGAGGAGUUGCUCAUGUACACUCAGAGCCAGGAGCCCGUAGCAUCCAGUCCCACGUCCAGCAGCAGCAGGGACUCCACUCCCCCUCCCGCCACCAGCCCCUCCGGACCCCCCUCCACCAGCCCCUCCCCUGCCCUAGAGCACCACCCCUUUGCACAGAGCCCCACCCCUGACCUCACCUGCAUCAUCCCAGAGUCCCACAGUGCUCCACCCAGCCAGAGCGGGCAGGGCCUGUACAACGGCAUCCUGGAGAAGUCAUACAGCUUCAGCCAGCUGCCCCCCAGCAUGCUGCCCCCUGUGGGCCGCUACCCCUCCCUCACCUCUCUGGACUCGGAGGGCCGCAGUAUGGGCCGUGAGUACAAGCUGCCCAGCACCUCCUCCCAGGACUCCUGCGACAACGGGGACAAAAUCAAGCGCUCCUCCAAAAUCAAAUCUUUAUUUAAAAAGAAGAAAUAACGGCGCUCAGGGGAGCGGAGGUGUUAGCACUAAUGUUUGAGGGACGCGGUCACUGUAAAACUCUAACAUGUUCUCUUUGUCAUCAGAGAUGAAUGUAGCUCAGAGUGGAGCAGCCCCACACUCACGGCCUUAUUUAAUAUUGCCUUUGAUUACGUUCAUUCAGCCUCACAGGGAGAGCCUGCAAAGGUCAAACUAGUGUCAAAGAAAGGUCAAGGGUCACAUUUGCACAAGACACAUUCAGUUGAUUUAGUUUGAACCAAAAGCCACUGUGUCGGGUCGAAUGGUGUUUACUGCAGAGGCUGUGGGUGAGUGGGGAGUUGUUUGUUAAAGAUUUAAAGAUGACAAAUUAUUUUACUAAGUUAUUCUUCACCCUUUUUCAAUGAUCUGUAUUGUCCAGUGUUUCGCCGUGGCCUUCAUGUACUUGACUCAUUUCUUUGAAACAAAGGUCUGUUGCACUACUGCUCUCCCAGAUCUCUGGGAAAGUUGGAGUUUGGAGGAGCAGACAGGAGCACCCUGCCCUCUCCUCCUCUCUGUAGACUUCUAGUGACUUUGUUUUCACUAUGUUUUGUUCUUAGAUGUUUUACAUAGAUUUUUAUUGGUGAUGAGCUAAAGGUUGUUGAAUAUGCAGAUUUUACCAAUCAGUGAGUACAUUACGUCCAAUGUAAUUGAGCUGACCUUUACUACUUGAUUAACUGCAUCCUGUAGCCAUAUCUCCUCCAUUUUUGUCUUAAGCUCCUCUUCCCUUCAAACUCAGUGUUACAAUCAGAGUCUGGAUAAAUAUUCACACAAUAAGGAAUUACAUUUCAAACCUAGCAUUGGAUAAAAGUUGUGUCAUUUAUUCUAUGUGAGAGGAUGAACGUAAUAUAUUUUAUUGGUGCAAUUCACUGUAAAAUGUAGUACACAGUGCUCCUGAGUAUUGUUAAAGCCACUGUGUCUGGCUCUGAACCUUGUGGUGGCACAAAGUGGUAAGUCUAGACAGCAUGCAUAUUAAACUAUAUUAAAUUAAAUUCACACACACACAUGCACGCACGCACACACACACCCCCACACACACACACCCACGCACACGCACACACACACACAAUAAAACUCUCUGUAAUUCAUAGUAAGGUGACAACUGAGGUUACUAUUUUGGUCAGAACAGUACCACGGACUUCCAUGCUUUUUGAAUAGAACAAUGUGUUGUGUACACAAGUAAAGUUAUUUGAAAAAAGCAGGUUUAUUUCCUGUCAGUUCUUACUUUUGAACAAACCAUAGAUCUAAAAUAAUGAGACCUAAAACGGUGCUUGUAACUAGGCCUCUCAUGAUGCUAAAAUUUCAAACUCGAUUUUGGUACUAAAGGAAUGAGUCUAGUUUCGAUACUAGUUAUGGUAUCGGUUAGUAUCUGUUUUACGAUACUUGUGACAACCCUACUUGUAACACUGAGCUUGUCCCCUCACACUACGCUGGAGCUGACCCGUGCAAUAUACGCUCCCGUGGGCAGCUCACAGCCUGAUGUCAGAGCUCUGCUUCACUGUGAUCCUGCCAAAUCCUUCUGCUUCAUCUAGACCGGCCUCGUACUAGUCUGCCACCAGGGGGCAGUGCAGUGUAACGAGACAGGAGGGGUCUGCCUGAAGAGAACAGCACACAAUGAAGGACGCCACAGAAGAAGUGGAGACAGUGAAUGUUUACGACUCAUAGGUUUUGUCAUUGUGUGUGUGGAUAUAUUUGUAAUACUGUAAUAAAAUUAAUAAAAAUAUAGAGUCAAUA